AUGACAAGCAAAAUUAGUAUUAAAUGUGGUGGAGUUCGUAAGAAAGAUGAACCUCCAACAAUUUUAUUCUAUGUACCAGAAAUGCGUCAAUUAGCUGAAGAAAUCCGCCUUUGUAAUAUUACAAAUUCCAUUGAAUUAGGUGAUAUUCAAUGGAAUGAAUUCGCUGAUAAAUGGCCUAACGUAUUUAUUCGUAAUUCCGAGCAAAUUCGCAAUAGUCAUGUGCUUUUUCUAGCAUCACUUCAUAAUCCCAUGACAAUUUUCGCGCAAAUCUCUGUUCUUUAUCAUCUACCGAAAUAUCUCUGUCGAUCAUUGAAAGUUCUUUUACCUUACUUUCCAACUGGUACCAUGGAACGUAUCCAAAUUCAAGGAGAAAUCGCAACGGCAUAUUCGUUAGCACAAAUGCUCUCGUCAAUUCCACUUACACGUACUGGACCAUCGGAAGUUGUGAUUUUCGAUAUUCAUGCACUACAAAAUCAAUUCUAUUUCUCAUCGAAUAUCAUCGUUCGACUCGAAUCUACUGUUGGUUUAUUAUUAAAUGAGUUGCAAAAGGAAGAAAAUCAAGGAGAAAACUAUGCCAUUGCCUUUCCAGAUGAUGGCGCACAUAAACGCUUUUCACAUAUAUUCGAUAAUACAACUUAUCCGAUUGUGAUUUGCAGUAAAAUCCGACAAGAAAAUGAUAAACGCAUUACGACAGUCAAAGAUGGCCAGGCUAAAGGUUAUCAUUGUAUGAUUGUUGAUGAUCUCGUUCAAUCAGGGAAUACUUUAAUCGAAUGUGCACAAGCUUUACUACAGCACGGUGCGACGCAUGUCUCAGCAUUCGUUGGACAUGGGAUCUUUCCCAAUGAAAGUUGGAAGAAAUUUCUUCAUUCCAAUAAUCCAACAGUUCGUUUUCAUACAUUUUAUGUUACAAAUACAUAUCCUAAUACGAAAAUAUUGGUUAAUCAAUCUCCUUUCAAAGUACUUUCAAUUGCACAAAUUUUGUGUAAUAUAUGUUUUAAUUAG